CCAUUGGAUCGCCAUUUUCACCUGUUUAGGUUAAAUUUUAGUUGAAUUUUAGGUUUUACACGAACUCAAAUGACUCUCACCAAUUGAGAUUGUCGCUGAGAUUAUAGUGUAUGUCAUGGACUCACCAUGACUUCAGCCAAUUCGUCAACGAACGGUGCAAGCCUUGAAGACUGCCACACGAACUUGUUCGCGUUGGCGGACAUUAACGGAAUAAAAUGGAGACGAUUUAGUGCCGAAAACAGUUACUGUGUGGAGCCAUUGGAGGACCCCGUGCUACAGUCAUUCGCGCGAUGUGUGAGCGCAGAUAUAUUGUGCAUGUGGCGGAGGGUGAAGCAGGGAAGCGCCGACCUGAUGCGGCCCCACCUAAUGUUUACAAAGGAACUGUGGAUAUUUUGGUAUGGAGAUGAGCCUAACCUCAACAACAUUCUCAGCAGGGAGCUAACAGAAGUCGAGGGCUCCGGAUCGUGGGAAAAUGGCAUGUCGUACGAGUGUCGCACGUUGCUCUUCAAGGCGCUGCAUCACCUCGUGGAAAGAUGUCUAACCACCAGGAACUUUGUGCGAAUAGGAAAGUGGUUUGUGCAGCCCUAUGACAGUGAUAGCCAGGUCAAGUCACAGGAGGGCAGCACGCACCUGUCCUGCUCGUUCCGGCUCUUCGUUCACGGGGACAGCACCGUGUGUGCUAGCAUAGAUGUCAGACACCAUGCCCCCAUACAGCGACUGCAGCCGCGGCAUCUCAACCUGCCGCAGGGCUCACACAAUGGUCUGCAGGUGGUGUUGUGUCCAUACGGGCUGGCUGGAACGCUCACGGGGAUGUCCUACAAGGAGUCGGACCCGGUCAGCACGAAGCUGCUCGAAGACUGGCGGCAGUUCUACCCGAUCGAGGUUCACGAGAAUGCCGAGAAUCGUCCGGGAGCUGCCAAUGGCGAAGCCACGCUCCCCCGCGCCGUCGAGGUCAUUGUAGGUGGCGUGAGGAUGUGCUACCCGUCUUGCUACGUGGUUGUCGUGGACCCGAGCACGCCUUCCCCGCCGCCCCAGACGCAGGUGGCCACCUCAGGGACAACGACGCCCCGCGCCGCGCAGCUCACGCAGCAGAAAUCGCUGCCAAACUCGAGCGCCCUCUCCGCAGCCAACCUCUCCUCUGUCUCGCUGACGCCGCCUACGUCGCCGUGCGACCCGGCGCUGCUCCGCGAGGCCAAGGUCAAGGUCGUAGCGAACGCGGCUUGCAGACAGAGCUCUGGUGACCUGUCGACAGAAGCCGUGCCCUCAGACAGGCUGUGCGACAAGCUCGUCAACUCUGUGUGGCAGGACACCGUCCUCACUGGCUCUCCUAGCAAGACUCGCAACAACAUGACAGCAGAUGCUAUAGCAGACAGCGCUGCCCAGUGGGAUUUCGUGGAACCAACUCACAAGUCUGUGUGCGGAUGCAAGUCUAAGAAGAGUAAGUUGGGGGUGGCUCAAGGCAAGCACAAGCCUACGGAUAAGCCCGAGCGACAGGAGAAGGGCCUGCGCGGCCGCGGCUCGGGCCCGUUCCACCGCCGCUGCCCCCUGGUGGACGACCAGCACCACGACUACUCGCAGCGCCUGCUCACUAGCCGGCGGCGGGUUCCGCGGGGGGCGCGCUGA